GCCGAAGUCGUAAUCCGUAAAGAUAGUUACAAAACUCAAAAAUAUUGAAUGAUUUUUCUGAAAGUAGCUGCAGAAUUUCGCAAUAUGUAAUAUACAUUGGUAUAAGAAGCUAGAAAAAUGACGACAGAGAUUUUUCCUCUAUAAGACUGUAUUCCCUAUCAAUGCCGAUAGUACGACCGUACUUUACAUGUGCACAAUGGCAGCCCUUACGAAAACCAUACAAAUUUCAAAAAGUGUAAAUAAUGUGAUGAAGUUACUAACAAAUUUAACUCUAGCGCCAAAUGUUAAUUCAAUUGCUUCUCCGCUGUACAUUCGAAGGGUACCUACUUUCCAAUUUGCUUUCAUUCAUACUACAACCAAACGAAACGAUUUAAUGGAAUUUUUUGAUGAUAAGGAGAAUUGGGGAAAGGACCAGAUUAAAGUAGGACGUUCUUGGAGAAUAGAUGAAUUAAGAUUAAAAAGUAAUGAGGAUCUGCAUAAGUUAUGGUUUGUAUUGUUAAAAGAACGAAAUAUGCUAUUAACAAUGGAAGAAGCGUAUAAGGAUUUAGUGGAAUAUUUUCCCAAUCCCGAAAGGAUUGAUAAAGUUAAAAAUAGUAUGUAUAACUUGGAGACGGUAGUUCGUGAAAGAAAUCAGGCGUAUCAUAUGCUUGAAACUGGAGAAAGUGGAGAACGACCAUCAAAAAUAGUAUAUAGUCAAAUAGGCUUACGGUACGUGUAUUGCAUGACACAACACAAAAUACCAAAAUGUAUAAAUAGAGGAUGGCAGAAGAGGUACCAAUUUGGUUUCAGGAGUGCUGCAGUAUGCAAGUUCAUACGACUUUACAGAGAAAAAUGUUGGAAUGAGAAACGUAGAGCACGGAAUCGUCAAUUUAGGGCUGUGGUUGGUUUGGCGCGAGUAUUCCCUAAUCUGGACUGGGAGGCUGUACGAGAAAAAUAUCCUUUAGCCGAUAUUGAAAAAGCUAAACGUAUGAGAAAAGCAAUAGGUCAUUAUAUACCCGAAUAAAUGCAUUUCUCUUUAGCACUAUGAUUGCAUUCAACUUUAGUAUAAGUAGAUUUAAAGUACAUAAAAUAAGUAUUUCUUUUAUUGCAUAAAAUGUAUCUUAUAGUUUGCAGAAGAUUAUGAACGUUUCUGAAAAUCAUUACCUUUCAUUAAUCAUUCUUCUUCUUUGUAUCUUAUUUUAUAUUGUAUCUAUGUCCCCUUAAGCUAUUAUCAGCUGUUCAUAUUAAUUCCAUGUUGUUUAAAUACUUUUUAAAAAUGUCUAUAAAGCGAUAAACGUUAUAAAAAAAAUACA